AUGUCUGACGAAGGAAGAGUACACCCAGAUUGCAGAAAUGCAUCCAAUCCCUACCAUGAAUGCAGCGAAUAUUGCUUUACAGUUAUUGCCGAAGCUAAGGCUCGAAUGGAUCAAAACCAAUCAGAAGAUGUGCAAGCCAGUGGCGGUAGUGGAAAAUCCAACUCAGAGGCCGCUGAGCAAGAGGAAUAUGUACAUAAUGAAAAACCAGAUUCUGAAGAACUUGCUGAUGAUGGUGAUGACCAUCCUGAGGAGAAUAUGGAAGGAGACUUCACAAAGUUCACAGGGAGGAAGAAAAAAUUGUGGGAAUUGAGGAUGAAGAUGAAUAAGGCAAGAAAAGACAAUCAAACGGAUAUUGCAGCUGAAAAGAAAAGACUGGAACCUCCACAAGAGUCCAGGGGCAUUUCUAAACAAAAAUGGCUUGAAGAGAGGAAGAAAAGAAUUGGCAAACUUCUAGAUGCAAAUAAUUUGGAUAUGAAAAGUGCGUACAUGCUAGAUACACAAGAGAUGGCAGAGGCAAAAUACAAGAAAUGGGAAAAGGAUCCUGCCCCAGCUGGCUGGGAUGUUUUCAAUCAGAAAACUCUGUAUGAUGCAUACAAAAAGCGAACAAAGAACAUUGAGAUUGACUUGGAAGAAUACAAUAGGAUGAAAGAGGCUGAUCCAGAGUUCUAUCGUGAAGCUUCCAGCCUCCAAUAUGGGAAGGCUCCAAAGAUAUCAGAGGACAAGAUUGAUAAGAUGGUGAAGGAACUCAAGGAUCGGGAAGAGAAGAAGAAGUCAUUUAGCAGGAGGAGGAGGUUCCACGAUGAGAAAGAUAUUGACUCGAUCAAUGACCGAAAUGAGCAUUUUAAUAAGAAGAUUGAGCGAGCCUUUGGUAGAUACACACUGGAGAUCAAAAACAAUCUUGAGCGAGGAACUGCAUUGCCUGACUAA